UUGACAUUUUUAUAAUUUUUCAUGAAAAUUUCCGAUUUCCAAUUUCACGAAUUUUCAGCCAUCUAGUUCUAUUUUAAGACGCAUGAGUGAUAAGAGUUUCUUGAGAUUUUCGAGUUGAUUUCGUUUCUGUUGUUAUGUUUUGCGUGCGAAGCUUGAGGUGCGGGUGUGGUUCUAUGAAUAGUGUAGAGGUUGAGUUAGGCUCGGAUUGAACUGUAUCUCUGGUAAUAUGCAAUGCACAUGCUGUGGUUGGAAGGGGCGAUGGCUGCUGUUGGUAGUGGUGGUAGCGCUGGCACCGCUGGUGCUGGCACAGAACAUCGGCGACCCGUACAAGAUCCUCGGAAUCCACCGCAAAGCUUCUCUACCCGAGAUUCGUAAAGCCUACAGGCAAUUGGCUAAAGAAUGGCAUCCAGACAAAAAUGAAGAUCCAAAGGCAGAAUCUCGAUUCGUUGAAAUAAAACAAGCAUAUGAACUGCUGUCAGAUACAGAACGGAGGCAGGCAUAUGACCUGUAUGGUAUUACUAAUGAAGAUGACCACUUGUAUAAGCAGAGACAUGACUACAGUCAAUAUGCUAGGUUUAGUGAUGAUCCAUUUGAGGACAUAUUUGGCACACACUUCCGAACUCAAGACCAGGACAUCACACUGUUCCACAAGCUCUCUGUCACUGCUCGCCAUUUCGAAAACAACUUAAUCGAGAAAAGCAUACACACGCCAGCUAUAGUUCUCUUUUACACCGACUGGUGUUUCGACUGCGUGCGCGCCGCAGCUGCAUGGAGACGCCUAGUUGAAGCUUUGCAACCUCUUGGGGUCACAUUAGCCACGGUUCACGCCGGACACGAAGCGAACCUAGCAAGACGGGUCGGUGUACAUUUAGUGCCAUGCCUCACUUUAGUGUUGGAUAAACACGUGUAUAUAUAUAAAGAGGGACUGUCAUCAAUGCCUAAAAUUUUGGAGUUCAUACGCUGGAGAUUCCCGUACAAACUAGUGGCAACAAUAAACAAUGGCAAUGUGGAUUCAUUUGUCUCUGACUUCGAAGAUAAUAAGGUGAAGGCGCUAAUCUUCGAGGAGCGGCAGACAAUACGGCUGCGGUACCUCAUCACAGCAUUCCACUAUAGAGAUCGACUGAGUUUUGGCUUCGUAGACAUGACGGCUCGCGACACACAAAACGUGACUUCUCGAUAUAAAGUCCAGCGGAGCAUGGAUACAAUGGUGCUUCUCAAGGAAGACAGCGAAGAACCGGCAGCCACCGUCAGCACUACUGAGAUACCUACGCAGACUCUGCGGCAGCUUAUUGAAGCCAAUCAGAUGCUUACACUUCCACGGCUGUCAUCACAGAGCAUGCUGGAGACGGUGUGCCCGGUGGAGUGGCGCGCGAACCGGCGCCGGCUGUGCUGCAUCCUGUUCUGCAGCGCGGGCGCAUCGGCCGACGCGUCGCGCGCGCAGCUGCGCCGCCUGGCCCGGGACGCGCCCGAGCGCCUGCAGUACGCCUACAUCUACACGCACGCGCAGCCCGGCUUCGUGCAGGCCCUGGCUAAUGGCUCGGGCAGCGACAGCUCCAAAAUGGAACAUCGCAUAGUAAUAAUCUGGCGGCGCGAAGCAACUCGCAUACAAUACGAAUGGCUCAACGAAACUUGGCCAACGUGUACAAACAAAUACUGCAAUACCGAUCAGCCUGACCCCGGAUAUUUAGAGGAAGCCUUGAAGUACCAAGAGAGACUGAACGAGACCAAACAAGCCUUGGAGUUGUUGAUUAAAAGACUGUUGAAACCGACUGAGGUUAUGGCUUAUGAAGCUCAAGUACAGGAAUUGGUUGACGAAGCCGCAGCGAGUGCGCUUUGGACCGGCGUACUGAAGUUAUGCGAAUGGGCCGAACGGGCCGCGCACGCCAUGCGAGGCCAACGGGCCGUCUCCGCCAUCUCCGUCCUCGCCACCGUCGGGGUCGUGCUCGGUGCGGGAUACUUCAUGGCGUAUCUCAUUCGUAUAGAAGAAGAAUCAAUACAAAGGCAAAAGGAAGAGCGGAAAAAACAAAAUGGCGGCGCGAAGAAGAAUAACAACGAACCUGUGCCCGAACUCAGGCUACAUGAACUGCGGGCGGAGAAAUACAACGGGCUUGUUAGGUUAUUGAAGCCAGGAUGUCGUACAAUAGUGUUAUUGGUCGACGCGCAGAGCCGGCUGACGCUUCUUUCUAAGUUCCACAGGAUUGUGUGGCCUUAUCGCAAGAACAAAACGCUGCUGUUCGCGUUCCUGGUGGUGGAGCGGAACAUCGAGUGGUUCCGGCGCGUGCUGCAGCUGUCCCUGGGCGCGCGCGCCUUGGGCGCAGGCGGCGCCGAGCUCAAGGUCAACGCCCGCAACUGCAUCGGCACCGUGCUGGCGCUCAACCCGCACCGCAAGUACUUCUGCAUCUACCACGCCAAGCACCCGGAGUGCGCCAAGCCGCACAAGCGCAUGUCCCGCAUGACGCGGUCGCUGGGCGGCGCGUGCGCAGAAGACCCCGAGGCCGGCGCCUUCAUCGGCUUCCACACCGACCCCGACUCCUCGUCGGGCGAAGACGCGCCCGCGCAGCACACGGGGCCGCUUCUGCUGGAUAACCUGCUUGAUGGACUAGAGAACUGGUUGGAUCGCCUCUUCGAGGGCAGCACGCACCGCUACUACAUCAACUAUUGGCCCGAUAUGACGACGAAAUGAGCAACAUGGCCACAACAAGAAAUUGAUCAUCUCGGGUUGCUCCAGUAAGAAAGUGUCAUUUUAAAGAAACGAUUGGCCACUUUUGGCUGACGUUCAACUUUUCUUCGCUGUUGAUUUUUCCCGUUUGAACUUGAAAAUGAAUCCAUGGUAAAGGUCAACGCGCAUUUGUCGAGAUUAAUUGACGGUGAUGGCGUCAUCAGCAUUUUGUUAAUAAUUAUAGUCUGUCUUUUUUGAAGAUGGAGGAAAAUGACAUUUGUAGGGUUGCCAGUGUUCAUAAAUAGUUACGUGUUGUUGUCGAUAGUUUUAUCGAUAGAUCGUGAAAAAAAAUAAAAUUUUGCCAAAAAUGACUGAGUUGUGAAUGUUACGGCGUUCUAAUUGCGUUAUUUAUUUAUUUAAUUAUUUGUAAUCAGGUUAGAAAAACCCAUAAAUACAUACCGUAAAGACUAACAUACAUAUUAUUAAUACAAUAAAACACUUAUCGACUAAUUAUUAUUUACACUCAUUGUCUGCGACUUGUGUUAUUGCCUAGUUUAUUCUUACUUUGACAGUUGACCUACUAGUAUCGAGAUUAAUUUCUAUUCAUAUACAUUUUAACAAGAA